CCUUUCGGUUUGACUCGGCUGCGCUGUCUGCAGAAGGACCACACGCACAGACUUCGGUAAAAGUUUGUUUCUUCGCCGCGCUCCUGCUCCAGACAUGCCUCCAACUACGCAGCUCAAAGAGGCAGUGGCCGAUGUGAAAGAGGGCAUCCGCGCCAUCCUACUCGGACCUCCGGGAGCAGGAAAAGGGACCCAGGCCCCUCGUCUGGCAGAGAAGUACUGCGUGUGUCACUUGGCCACCGGAGACAUGUUGAGGGCCAUGGUGGGUUCAGGUUCUGAGCUCGGGAAAAGACUCAAACAGACUAUGGACGCCGGAAAACUGGUGAGUGAUGAGAUGGUGGUCGAGCUUAUAGAGAAGAACCUGGACACACCCCCCUGCAGCAAAGGAUUUCUAUUGGAUGGAUUCCCCCGAACAGUCAAACAGGCAGAGAUGCUUGAUGACCUUCUGGACAAGAGGCAGGAGAAGUUGGACUCUGUCAUUGAGUUUGCCGUCGAUGAUUCUCUGUUGGUUCGCAGGAUCUGUGGCAGACUGAUCCAUCAACCCAGUGGCCGCUCCUACCAUGAGGAGUUCAACCCGCCCAAAGAGCCCAUGAAAGAUGACGUGACCGGGGAACCUCUGAUACGCCGCAGUGAUGACAAUGAGACGACUCUUCGCUCUCGUCUGGAUGCGUACCACAGACAGACCGCCCCCCUGGUUCAGUACUACAGCGCCCAGGGCAUCCACAAGGCCAUAGACGCUGCACAGAAUCCCAACGUCGUGUUCGCCUCCAUCAUUGCUGCCUUCACUGCCGCCACGGAUUCUCGCGCCGCUGCCUCAAAUUGAGUCUAGACCUGCUCCCAGGACUGGACAUGGACCGGGAUCAGACCUGGACUCAGAGAUGGACAGAUCGAGGGAGAGAAUCCAGAAAAACAGUGACACUGAAUCCUCAUAGUUUACAAAGCUUUAAUGAUUUCCAGUGAGCCUCUUUAAUGUGAUCAUGUUUUCUAUUAACUGUCCAUUAUACCAGCAUCACUACAGUUAUCACCCUUUCCCCUCAAAUAAAUAUGCUUUUCUAUAACAA